AAAUACCACCCAUCUGCCAACGUCGUCGUUUUACGAGGUCCAAUUACACCGUCCUUCUAAAAAGCCCAAGCGAACAACGCUUUCUUUUGAACUUCAAAAAUGAAAAUCGCACUUGUCUCCAGAAUUAUCAGUCGCCCUCUCGAUUUCCGACCAAAAUUCCGGCCAGUCUUCUUCUACUCCUCACGACCGGAACGCCACCAAAACCAAAAACGACGACAAGAAGAAGAAGCUCCCAAUUCCAAUUCCUCAAUUGGGUCUCCAUGUCGAGUCCAAAAACUCAUCGCCUCCCAAACAGACCCUCUCCUCGCCAAAGAAAUCUUCGACUACGCCUCCAACCAGCCCAACUUCCGCCACUCUUACUCUUGCUACCUCAUUCUUAUCAUCAAACUCGGCCGCUCCAAAUACUUCUCUCUCAUUGACCACCUUCUCGUUCGCCUCAAAUCCCAGGCCUACACCGUCACUCCCACACUCUUUUCCCACCUCAUCAAACUCUACGCCGAGGCUAAUCUGCCUGAUAGGGCUCUCAAAACCUUCUACACAAUGAUGGAGUUCAAUUGUAAGCCUUCCGUCAAACACUUGAACCGCAUUCUUGAAUUUCUCGUCUCCCACUGGAGCUAUGUCCGCCCCGCAUUCGAUCUUUUCAGGAACGCGCAUCGCUACGGGGUCGAACCCAAUACGAAAUCGUACAACCUUUUGAUGCGUGCGUUUUGUUUCUGUGGGAAUAUCAGUAUUGCGUACCAACUGUUCAACGAAAUGUUUAAGAGGGACGUCGUUCCGGACGUGGAGUCGUAUCGCAUUCUGAUGCAGGGGUUGUGCAGGAAGAGUCAGGUGAACGGGGCGGUGGACUUGUUGGAGGACAUGUUGAACAAAGGGUUUGUACCGGACACGUUGAGUUAUACCACUUUGUUGAAUAGUUUGUGUAGGAAGAAGAAGCUUAGGGAGGCGUACAAGCUUCUCUGUAGAAUGAAAGUUAAGGGGUGCAAUCCAGAUAUUGUUCACUAUAAUACAGUAAUCUUAGGAUUUUGUAGAGAAGGGCGUGCAAUGGAUGCUUGUAAGGUUCUUGAGGAUAUGGCAUCAAAUGGAUGCUUGCCCAACUUGGUCUCGUAUCGAACUUUGGUUAAUGGCUUAUGUGAUCUGGGGAUGUUGGACGAGGCAAAGAACUAUACUGAGGAAAUGAUAUCAAAAGGGUUUUCCCCACAUUUCUCGGUUAUUCAUGCUUUGGUCAAGGGCUUUUGUAAUGUUGGUAGGGUUGAAGAAGCUUGUGGAGUUCUAGGGGAAGCGCUAAAGCUUGGGGAAAGUCCUCAUGUAGAUACUUGGAUGACAAUAAUUCCUAGGAUUUGUGAAACGGAUGAGACAGAAAGAAUGGGAGAAGUUUUGGAAAAGCUUCUGAAAAUAGAAAUAAAACGUCACACUAGAAUAGUGGAGGCAGGUGUUGCUUUGGAGGACUAUUUGAUCAGGAAGAUAGGAGCUAGACCAAGGAGAUCUUAAACGUUGUAACCCUGUUUGUAUCAUUUUUUUUUUUUUUGGCAAAUAUAUUUCCUUCAAUCUGUAACACACAAGAAAAUAUAUCUACUAGGGUUUUCUUCUCUUGUUUGUAUUGUCUAUAACAGGUUAUUGUCUUUAUAGAAUA